CCCUUCCUGUCCGCUCCUAUCUGUUUCCCCCAGGACCCACGUGUGUUUGGAAGAGUGAACUUGGGAGCGUCUGCGGCUGCCCGCUUUGAAGUUGUCGCAUCUGGACAUCGCGGGGCCUCGGUGGCCAAGACAUCGCCAUGCCUAAAGGACUGAAAGGAAAAAUGGUAGGACGAGAAAAAAAAGUCAUCCAUCCAUACAGUAGAAAAGCAGCUCAGAUUACAAGAGAGUCUCACAAACAGGACAAGAAGGAAAGAUUGAAGACUGAGAGGGCCUUGCGUCUCAACCUUAUUGGUGACAAACUUCAGUGGUUUCACAAUCAUCUGGAAACAAAAAAAACGAGAUAUUCAAAGAAAGAUGCCUGUGAAUUAAUUGAAAGGUACUUGGAUCGGUUUAGCAGUGAGCUGGAGCAGAUUGAGUUACAGAACAGCAUCAAGGACAGGCAGGGAAGGCGGCACCAUUCCCGGGAGGCCGUCAUCAAGCAGACCAUGGAGCGGGAACGGCAGCAGUAUGAAGGCUAUGGCUUUGAGAUCCCAGACAUUUUAGACUCUAAUACUCUGCAGACUUUCCGGGAGUGGGAUUUUGAUCUGAAGAAAUUGCCAAACAUCAAAAUGAGGAAACUUUGUGCUAACGAUGCAGUUCCUAAGAAGCGCAAACAGAAAAAUAUUUUAAAUAUAGAAAAGGAUUUAGGAGAAUUAGAACUAUCGGGGGAAAGUGGAGACACUACAGAUGGGAAACUGGAACCAGCAAGUGAAUCAAGUGACACGGAUGAAGAAAUGACUCCAGUGCCUGUCAGCCCUCAUUGAAAUACCUGAGACUCUCCUGUCCUACUCACUGACUAUGGUGCAUAGUCAUUUAUGUGUGAGCUGUUGAGAUGGCUCAGGACGAGGGGGCUUGCAGCCAAGCCUGACUGCCGAAGCUUGAUUCCAAGAAUCCAUGGGUUAAAGAGAACAGAUACUACAAGUUUUCUUCUAAUGUUCACACCUACACUAUAGGAAGUGUGCAUAUGCACGCACACAAAUCAAAUUUAUUUUAGUAAUUAUUUGUAUGUAAGAACUCACUCUCAAGUAUUUGCAGUUUUAAAAUAGGUUUAUGGUUUUUAUUAAAGAAUUCUCUUUAAAUUGCUUUUAAAAUACGGA